AAACUGUCCACGAAACAGGAGGUAUAAAAAAAGCCGAGGAAUCGUGAGCUGUACACAUUAUUAGACUGUCCUUACAACAGCGAACCAUGAUCGGAAAAGUGCUUAUCUGCACUGUAGUGCUAUUUGCCGCCUGUCAGGCCGCCGGUUUAAGAGAAUACUGCAGGGACAAAUUCGGAAGAAGGCAUGGGCUGGGUGAGGAAUGGGAGCAGGGAGAUAAACUGUGUGAAUGUAUCUACCCUGAGAGCCUGAUGUACUUCUGGGAAGGGGAUAACCCAUCCGCCCCCAUUAGCCACUGUCUUUGGAACGGUUGUCCCAAUCCCUCAGGUGGCCCAAUAUUCAAGGCUGGGGAUGUAUUUCAGAACGAAAACGGAGAUCUAUGCACGUGCAAAUCCGGAUCAGACCCAUAUUUGAUGGAUGCCUACACACUUUUCCACGCUGAUUGCUCCGUCGAUCUUUCUGUACAAGAAGUGCAACAAAUGAAUUAAGAUGGGGUUUUUUUUGUUGCAAAUGAGUAAUUCAUGGGAUUUUAACCAACCUACAUGUAAAUCAAAAAAGCACAAUAGAAAUAUCUUAAAAUCUGC